AUGGCCUUUUCGUUGUUAAUGUUACGCACUGGCGUGGCUCUGGACGCUGCCGCGCUUUGUUCCCGCUGCUUCACCCGCCUAAUUUCGCAGCCAGCGGAUGUCUCGCGGAGAGGCUUCUCCACAACUAGGGUCCUGCAAAAUACGGAAUAUCGGGCCACAAAUUUGCCUAAAGCUUUUCAGAAAGCCUACCUUUCUUCCAGCGGACUACGCAGUAGCUCAUUGUCUCAGCGUGGUGUCAUUCAACGGUUAAGAAAAGAAUCACAACAUACCGAUCGCUCCGCUCUCUUUCACUCCGUACCUCCUUCUAUUGAUACCCAGUGCUCAUUCGGCACACCAAUUGAGGCAAACAGGAAACAUGGAUCACCUGCUACUUCCCCUGAAGAACUUCCCCAUCGAAGACGGCAACGAUUGAAGGUUGAGCAGGAAGCCAACUCUAAAUAUGAGAUUCGUCCUGAUGCCUCAGCCCGCCUUUCCACCAUAUCCUCAUCUCUCCCGAAGACUUCUCUGCGGCGGACAAUGGCAACCUUCCUUGCCCUUACAAAACCAAACCUGUCCUUCCUCGUUGUUCUCACCGCUACAACCGCUUACGGCCUCUAUCCUAUUCCAACACUGCUAGCACUAGACCCAUCAGUAACACCUCUCCCCGCUCUCUCUACUUCUACUCUUACCUUUCUCUACCUCACAACCGGCACAUUCCUCUCAUCCGCAAGUGCCAACACUCUAAACAUGUUGUUCGAGCCACAACACGAUGCCCGCAUGUCCCGCACCCGUAACAGGCCCCUUGUUCGCAAACUCCUCUCCCCCAAGGCUGCCCUCUUAUUUGCCGCGCUCACAGGUACCGUCGGCAUAACCGCACUAUAUAUGGGCACAAAUCCAACCGUCGCUGCUCUAUCUGCAUUUAAUCUUUUCCUAUACGCGUUCGUCUACACCCCCCUCAAACGUAUAUCUCCUAUAAACACCUGGGUAGGCGCCAUUGUCGGUGGAAUCCCACCUUUAAUGGGCUGGAUUGCUGCCACUGGCCAAUCCGCUACAACUGGCCAUGAUACCUGGCGCGAUCUCCUCUUUGGCCCUGACAGCCCCGGUGGCUGGCUCAUGGCAGCAAUCCUCUUCGCCUGGCAGUUCCCGCACUUCAAUUCCCUCUCCCACACUAUUCGCGAGGAGUACAAGAACGCAGGCUACAAAAUGCUUGCGUGGAUGAAUCCCGCGCGAAAUGGUCGAGUGGCCCUUCGUUACUCGAUCCUCAUGUUUCCAUUGUGCGCUGGGCUUUGGUGGGCUGGUGUGGUCGACAAAGGAUUCUUGAUUGGGGGGACGUUAGUCAAUUGUUGGCUAGCCAAGGAAGCGUAUCGGUUCUGGAAAUUGCAAGGAGCAGGUGGAAGUGCAAGAGGCCUAUUUUGGGCUAGUGUAUGGCAUUUGCCGUUGCUUAUGGUUGGGACGCUUAUUACUAAGAAAGGUAUUUGGGAUGGGGUGUGGAGAAGGGUGUUUGGCGAAGAUGAGGAGGAAAUGGAGAACGAAGAAUUCGAACAAGACGAGAUGGAGGAGGAGGACAAUGUUCCCGCGGACGCAUCAUUGCCCAUGAAGCCGAUACCGUGA